GCCAUAAUCCUGUCUAGAAAAUACUCUGGCAAAUGGAAAUCAUGGUCCCUGGGCUCCGCUGUCCCGUACUCGCCGGACGCUGGCCAGAUGCGGAUGCUGUGCUCGCGAUGACGCGCGUGCGGAUGCGGGCUGCGGCUCAGUCGCCUUCAUGACGCCCCAGGUGAGCGAGACGUGGAGCUGCGCGCGCACGCAGCGUGUGGUGUUUGGGUGGGGGGGAUGGGGAUGGGGAGGGAUGGAUAGGGGGAUGAACUCCACUCUGUGAGAGUCUCUAUCUCCGUCUGCCCGUGCAGUCAUCAAAGCCCUCGCCGAAGAUGGUUAAAGACCAGCCCAAGUGUUGACUCACUAAGGAGAAAAUGCUACACGAAUCCUGCUUGCCGUUGAGGUUCGGGUGACGUCAGGUGGAUUAAGUCCCUUGCCAGGAGUGCAAACGCUUGCACGUGGCGCUCACACACGACCGGAUCGAGUCCUUGCUGGGAGUGCAAACACUUUGCAGGGGGUGCUCGCCGGCACACUGUCUUUAUGGAUGGUCCUCCGAACUGUUGCGAAAUGCAGCACACUGGAAGCCCAGUGGGAGAGACGGAAAAUUAAAUGGAGGGUCAGCCAAAGCCCACCGGACGUACACCGCCUCUUUGCUCAUGCGCAUAACAGCAUCGUCCUGGCGUCAGCUUAACGAUUGGGGUUCCACAGCGGCGUGCGGAGGGUGUCGAUCUGGCGGUGAGGAUGUGACUGGUUGCAGAUCCUGCGCAACAGCCGUGUCACAGCACUGCCGGUGAAUGAACGCUUUGACGAUAACGACGACAACACAAUCGACGAAGACGACGCCGCCGACGGCGAGGACGGUGAGGUAGCGAGCGUUGGCGCCAUGAAGUGCAGCGUGUACAGGUUGACCAUCGUCUCCUUCGCCAUGGCCGCCAUGGCCGUCACGGUGCUGUCUCUGGCCGUGGCCACCGACUCCUGGCUGCUCAUGCGUGAAAAGAUGGUCUUCGAGGGCCUGGCGCUCAAUGACUCGUGGACGCGCGUGUGGGCCGGAAUGUGGCGACUGUGCAUGGAGAUGGAGUACGUACCCAACACCAUGGAGUGCAUGCCGAUAAGCUACACUGUAGGUGGGAGCAGGGGAGAGAACAUGACGCUGACAGCUCUCACUAUCAUAGCGGCUGCCCGGAAGUCGGUAGCACUUCCCGUGAGCGCACUAAUCAUAUCCGUCAUGGGCGCCAUAUUUACUGUCGUAGGGAACAUCAGACGGGACGUGAGGACACUGGUCGGCGCCGUCUGCUACGUCUUGGCCGGUUUGUCCCUUGCUGUCGGCAUGAUCUUGUACAUCUCCGCCGUCAACGACGAGGUGGGUUACCGCAGCAGCACCAUGCAGGAGGAAGGCGGCUUCAGCUACGGCUACGGCUGGUCCUUCUUCAUUGCCGGCGUCGGCUUCUUGACCUCCGAGAUCGCAGCCGUCGUCGGGGUGACGCUGUUCUUGAAGCGCAACGCCAAGAUGGAGGACAUGAUUCGCAUCAUCCCCGGCCUCGAGGACAAAGUUGACCCGGUGCACGUGUACACGGGGAAGUGCGGGGUGCACAAUGCGGGGGCCUCCCGCUUCAGUGACAAUGCUUGAGGAAGAGGGACCCUUUGCCUUUCAGUGCACAGACUCAAUUCUAACAAUUAAGAAAACAAAGAAUUAACAUAUUUCUUAUAUUUCGCCAUUUCCGAAAAAAGUUGUUCGUUUAAUCUUGGUCUUUUCCCAUGAAACUUUUUUUUACCUUGGAAGGCAUGUGGAUUUGUUAAUGGUGCUUCGAAUUGAAAUGUUUAUAGCUAUGUUGGUCUCCUCCCCACAAAAAAAAAAACAACAGUUGUGGACUAACUAAAACUCUGAGUGUUUAUAAUAAUGUCAUACACACGGAGGAUUAAGUGAGAAUACUUGAAAUCACGUGACUAUGCCGUUCAAGUGUCGUCAGCAUGGGAAAGCUGAUAGGUUAAACUGAAGAACUGAACUUUGUGCUUUCCUUAGUCACAAACGUGGCUUUCAUUACACAAACAUGAGUCAAAGAUUCAAGUGUUGAAUUUAAGCCCGUUCUGUUCGUUCUGCUAAACAGUAUGAGACAGUAUGUUUUGCACUUUACAUGUGAGAAUAGGUUCGAAGCAGGAAAGAAAGUUUUUACAUUUUGCACCAUAUCCCCGCCUCUCCUUUUCACUUUGGGGCUUGCCGGUUCGAAUUCCGUGUAGCGCAGCAAAUUUUACCCAAGCUGACCCAGCAUUCAAGAAUAGGUACCUGUCUCCAAAGAGGAUUUGGAAAAGUAAGGAAGUGAAGAAAAUGAUAGAUGUACCAUCUUCAAAAGGAGCUGAUCCCUAGAAAUGUGAGGUUCCAACACCUGACUGACCAAGGACCGAACAGUUUAAGGGACGACCUAAACCUUUCUCACCUUUGCUAAUUGUUUGUAUUUAAAAAAGGCUAAUAAGACAUUUUAUCAUGAUUUUGAGGGUUUUUUCAAACUACAAUAGAAGAAACACCCAAUAUUUUACCUUGUCUUUCAUAUAGACGAGUGCUAACAAUAGAGGAUGGGGGACUGUGAUAUCUCAUUCCUCAGAAAACAUAAACCUUUUAUCCUGAUUGCUCCUUGGAACUGCAGCCCGACAUCAUUUCUGCUGUCUGAAAAACAGAAAUCUGAGAACUUUCUAUGUCACCCCUGAAUUGAUUUGCCUUUUGUGAGUCUGAGCACGGCGAUGUGAUGUGCUUUCAAUGUCGGGUUUAUUAGUGCCAGGAUGUUUCUUCGGAUUAACCUCCCCUUCUCUCGCUGCGUGGGUCCUUGUUCCGUGAGGACCCCUGUGACCUUUCUGUCGUCUGUGAUCAGAUGAGCGAGUAAAGGUCAUGCGUGACCAGACUGGGCCUCACCAAAAGUGGGUUCUGGCGAUUUGAAGCUGUUCUUUAAAGAAAUUGGUGUUUUUACAUUAAAAGGACAAAAGAAAAACCGUGUAAGAACGCUGUCUACAGCUGUCUUUCUAAAAACUUUAUGAUGUGAGAAUUUUUUUAAGAUGAAGGGAAUUCUUUUACUGCUUUGAAUGCUGUUUUAUAUGUGGUGAGCGUGUCUGAUGGUCUAAGAGAGAAGACAAUGCUAAAUGUCCUGUCUGGACAGAAAGACUACUUCUAGAACUUGAAGCUGGUGUUCUAACAUUGACCACGUGUAUGAAGUGCAAGAAUGGAUGCAGAUUGAGAAAAAAGUAGUAGUCGCGCUUCAUCUUCACAGAACGGCCUUCCUUUACAUCUCUGGAAUCAGAAUGCCGACUUCAUUCACUGGCGCCAUACUUUUUUCUUGUCGUAAUUAAGAAACAUGGAUGUUGAAAUCUGAAGAUGGGUGAGGACAACAAAAGUGCAAAUCUUGACGAAGGUCUGAGACCAGCUGUCGGGAAAAAAGAGAAUGAAUGAAUUAAAAUAAAACAUUUUUUGGA